UGACCUACCGGCAUUUCAGUAGUCCACGGGGGGGCGAGCAGCUCGUCCUCUUCUAUGUAUUUAUUUAUUGUGGUUUAAUUUGCAGUGGACGGAAAUAACCAUGCUCGCCCUCUGCCUUUACGUCCCCGUAUCUAACUCCGACCCGGUAGAAGUGGACUACUUCGAGUCGAAGGGGCUUCCCAGCGAGCUCAAGUCGCUCUUCAACAAACUCAGCGUGUUCCUCCCGUCUCAGGAGUUUUCCACCUAUCAACGAUGGCGAAAAAAAACCCUAAAGAGGGAGCCCGUCAUGUCUGACGACCAGCUGGACUUUGAGGAAUUUGUGCACUACCUGCAGGAUUAUGAGAAGGACCUGAAGUUAGUGGUCAAGAGUUUGGACAGGAAAAAUGCAGGCCAAGUGGAUACAAAGGAGUUCAUCCAGGCGCUCCAGGACAUUGGCGUGCACAUUUCACGUAAUCUCGCCGAGAAAGCCCUCAAGAGUAUGGACAAGAACGGCAUUAUAACCAUCAGCAGUAAAGAAUGGAGCAAGUACCCCAUGGUGGAGGAGACUGAGAGCAUUCCUGAGAUCAUCCUAUAUUGGAAGCACUCCACGAUCUUCGACGUGGGUGAGAACCUGAUGGUCCCUGAUGACUUCAGCACCGAGGAGAAGCAGAGCGGGAUGUGGUGGCGGCACCUUGUGGCAGGGGGCGGGGCUGGCGCCGUAUCCAGAACGUGCACGGCGCCUCUGGACCGUGUCAAAGUCAUGAUGCAGGUGUACGGCUCCAGAAGCAACAACUUGUGCAUCAUGAGCGGCCUGGCACAGAUGAUCAAAGAGGGUGGCGUGCGCUCACUGUGGCGAGGAAAUGGCGUCAACAUCAUCAAGAUUGCGCCAGAAUCGGCCCUCAAGUUUAUGGCAUAUGAGCAGAUCAAACGCUUGAUCGGCAGUGACAAGCAGACGUUGACCAUUUCUGAGCGCUUUGUGGCCGGAUCGCUGGCCGGGGUCAUCGCCCAGAGCGCCAUCUACCCCAUGGAGGUACUGAAAACACGGCUGGCUCUGAGAAAGACAGGACAGUACGCCGGCAUCUCCGACUGCGCCAAGCAGAUCUUCCGGCGAGAGGGCCUGGCAGCGUUCUACAAGGGUUAUGUGCCCAACAUGCUGGGCAUCAUUCCCUACGCUGGCAUUGAUUUGGCCGUGUACGAGACCUUGAAGAACAGCUAUCUGCAGCAAUAUGGCACCGCCAGCGACCCUGGCAUCCUAGUGCUGCUGGCAUGUGGCACAGUGUCCAGCACCUGCGGCCAGCUCGCCAGCUAUCCGCUUGCUCUCGUGAGGACACGCAUGCAAGCGCAAGCCGCAACACGCAGUGGCAAGCAGGCGACCAUGACUUCGCUCUUCCGUCAGAUUUUGCAGGCCGAGGGUCCGACGGGCCUCUACCGGGGUCUGGCGCCCAACUUCCUGAAGGUCAUCCCCGCCGUCAGCAUCAGCUACGUUGUGUAUGAGCACAUGAAGACGCAGCUGGGCGUCACCUCACGCUGACCACCAACAAUCCGACAAGCCACGCACCUUCCUGCAAUGGAAUCCCACCUACUCAAAGUGGGGUCGUGGGGUUCGUGAAGCUCAAACUCAUUCUGUGAAUGUCAUCUGACGAUAGACUGGAGAGGAGGUUGUUCGUGUUGGAUCGCUGCUAUGUUAUUACAGUUGCAUGAGCGACUGCAACUUGAGGACCAAAUGUUUGCGCUCUGUGAGAAGGCAUGAUUGCAUUCAACUGAGUUUUUGCGCAGUUUGCGCUCUUGUUAGAACACACUAUUUAUUUCCAUCUGCUAUUUAUUGUUUUCAUAUGGAGCGUGAUGUGAACGCUUCGUGUUGUGUGUUCGAGAGCCAAAUUAAUGCUUCUUAAACAGCAGCCUUAAGGAAUGAGACACUAUCAGAAUUUUGGACUUAUCACUGUGGUUAACCUACUCACAAAAUUGUUCCCAUGUUCACUUCAGUUUAAGGGAGUAGGCAUAUGUAAAUGUUAGGCCUUUUUUUUUUCUUCCUUUUUUGGCAGUGUUCAAGGGCUUUGGAAAAAAGAAAACCUCAAUGCACUUUAAUUAUUGCUGGAAAAGCCUUUGAAUGGCACAGCGGUCCAGGUAUUACUGAGAGGAUGUUUUAAAGUAUUUUAAUGCAAAUAAAUGCAAGUUUUUGUUUACAAAAAAGUCUUGUCUUGCUUUAGACACUCUUGAUACUGCCUAUGAAAUAAAACUGCUUCACAAUGCUCA